GUGUUUUGCCAAUUUUAUCAUUUUUACAAAAAAUCAAUCGAUUGGGGAUAGAAAAUUAGGCUAAAAUACACGAUUAUUAACAAAUUUUAAGGAAUCGUCAAUAUUAGAAAGAAAUUUUAGAAAACAUGAAGAUAAACGACAACAUGUUGGCAAUGUAUGCCAAUCACCGAAGUAGAAAACCUACAAAGGAAGGAUAUUUGUUUAAAAGAGGUGAAAUAAAUCAGCAAUACCAAUUGAGACAUUGCGUUCUACGUGCUAAUAUGUUAUUUUAUUCUGAGGGCCCAAAUCAACAACCCCUUGGAGUUAUCAUUCUUGAAGGAGCCACUGUUGAUUUUCUGGGGAUUGAACCUAAUCCAAAACUUGUUAAUAAGAGCCUAAACAUAAAAAAAUUACAUUUAUUUGUUAUCCAAUGGAAAGCCUAUGGUCAAAAUUUGAGAAGGUACACUCUUGGCUGUGAGAAAACAGAAGAUAUCGAUGAUUGGAUGAAUAAAAUAGUUAUGUCUAGUUAUUCAUUUAUGAGAAAAGUUCAUACAGAGCUAAAAAAGCAGUUAGAUACACUUCAAAAUGUUCCAACCCGACCACCCUUACCAGAGAAGAGGAAGUCAUUUGAAGAACUUCACGAAGACCUUCGACAAAGAAUAUCGGAAAUGUGUCCUAAUCUCAAUAUUAUCAGUAAAUCAGAUAGUCAAAUAAUAGAUCUUGGUAUAGACGAACCAAAUUCACCGGACGUUGAAGAUGUAGAAGAAGAAAGUGAAAAUAAUAGUGGAUCUAUAGAAGCCGUAGAACCAGAUCAAGAAGAGACUUUAUCUGAAUGAAGGAUUUUUACAAUAGAUAUUAGACAAUAAGAAGAUAAAAUAUAAAUCAUAAAUUUUAAAAUAUCAUAAAAAGUGACGCACUUAGAGAAACAUUUGUUUUUGGGUUUUAGAUAUAGAUGAAUAAUCUACACAAAUAAAGAUGGAGAGUAACAGAGUAAGAGAGAGAGAGAGAGAGAGAGAGAGGGGGAGAAAAAGGGGAAGACAUUCUAUAGUAUUAAAUAUAUUUAAUAUAUAUGCUUCAAAUGAAAGGUCUUUUUUUAACUGAAUUUUAAUUAAAUAAACGCAUUUUGUCAAUAGACUAGUUAAUAUUCAUCACAUACGCUAUAUGUUGUGAUAUAUAUAUAUAUAUAUACUUUAUAAGUGCAUGUAUAUACUAACUAAUAUAUAACUUGACAUGUGCAAAGCAUAUAAAUCAUAACCAAUAAUACAGUAUCUUUUCGCGAUGCUAUUCAGCAUUUAAUAGGCUUAAAGAAGAGAAAAGACACUAAGUACAUUCUAGUACGUAUC